CGUCAAGGUGUGUGACCAAGGUCACACCUGCAGUGUGAAGAGGUGCCGACAACGGAUUUGAACGCCAUGCAAGGCGGUACACGGUGACGGUGACGCUAGAUGGGUAGCACGACGAUCGAAAUAACGGAUUAGCGAGAAGUUAAGGUAUCGAAGACGCAAACACGUCGGCAAGUAUGGAGUGACGCCCUCAAUCUGUGUACACUGGCAAGGGUGAUAUUGUGAUCAUCAAGCAACUAAAGGUGAUCCUUGCCAUUGGAAAUCGGGGCUGCCUUGCGACGGUGACGAAAUCGACUACCAUGCUAGAGGUAUACGGCGAUGGCGGCAGACGAGGAGUACGAUAUUUGACCUUGAAUGAGCAGAUUAGCGGGGAGGUGACUGUGAUCAAGGGCUUAAACACUUGCCAAUUGCAAUGGGCGUACAACGGUGUCGUUCUCCCAGUAGGAGUGCACGACGGUAACUGCCACUACUCGGUGACCGACUCUGAUUGUUUGUGUACUGUCAAUCUCGCAAGCUUUGGUCUCCCAAACAUAACUCGCAACGGCUGCUGUUACACUGAACGUUAUGAGGCCCAUGUCAUCACGCGACUUGUUCAACUGGAUGCCCGCCUCCGUAAAGCAAAGCAAGCGUACUUGAUGGCCUACGUUGCCUCACGGUUGAUGGCGAUGUAUUGGAGACGCCAUGACCACAGCAAAAUGAACAGGAUCUACACAGUAUCAGCCUUCGGAAGCUCGGACAGAUGCUCUCCUUGGCCGUCCGCAAUCCGAAAUGCCAAAGAAACCGGAGGGGACAGAUGUCGAACACCAUAUGGAGGACUCGUUGAUGGCUUUGUACCCUUUCUUCCCGACACCAAAUUGGGGGGGCUUCAAGUGCCGUACUACUACUACCUCAAUCACAUGACCAGCAGCAACUACGUGUCGUCUUUGACUCUUUCUCCUCUUCUUUGCUUGUUGAAGGCUGCUGAGCCUCUUCACCGCACACAGAAGAAAGAAGGCAUCGCGCACCUCUGCAUCUUAUAGCCCUAGUAUAUUGUCCUUCUUGCUGCUCCCCACAUCAUUCAUGUUGCUACACUGGCGACGCUCUGGGAACUUAUUGUCGCAUCGGACACGAGUGCUUACACUGCAAUUAUCUCACUGCGAUAUCUUUCCUUUACGUUUCUGUUCAGGAGCACCGACGACUAAAUCUACUUGCUUCCUUCCUUCCUUCCUUCUGCUGAC